AUGAAGCUAAUCCUCCUGUUCCUAUGCCUCGUGAGCACAUCUUGUGCUGUGCCACUGCGCAAACCCCGCAAGGCAGGAUUUGGAAGUAAGAGUGAAGAAAUGAUGCAGUUUGGCCCAUAUGGCUAUAUGAACUCACCACAACUAACUCAGUUGGCAGCUUCUUUGUAUGGCUACCGUGCUGCAGGUUACCCACAGAUGUUCCCCCGGCAGCCUCUAUCACCUCUGCAGGGAUUUUACCUCUGGCGGCCACAGACACCAGUACAUCAAGCAGCCCAACGGCCCCAGCUUAAGCCUCACCAAACUCCAGUGGCCAGACAGCCGAAGAGCCGCCCGCAAGCAAGGCCGCAGUUGCCACCACAGCAACCACGAUAUCAGCAGCCGCAACCAAAAAUUCAACCGCCACCGAAGCCGCCUCAGAAUACCCACCCUACUCAGACUCACCAGCAAGUGCCAGUUCAGCAACCCAAGCGGGGGAAUCAGCAACCGCCUCAGGCCUUUCCUCCACAUCCUCAACAGCCCUGGCAUUUCCCACAGAUUUUCGGUCAUGGAGGCUUCCAACCACAAUCAUUCGGACCAUAUCAGGGACAUAUGCCAUUUGGACGACCACCUGCCAGCAAUGAAGAAGGGAAUCCCUAUUUUGGAUAUGGCUACCAAGGUAGACCUUAUUAUUCUGAAGAGUAUGAAGACUUUGAGAAACCCAAAGAAAAAGAUCCCCCUAAAGCAACUGAUCCUGCAACCAACUCAACAGUCUCUGACACAAAUUCAACCAUCUCUAAUCCAGCCAGCCAGGCAGGGAAUGCUACCAUUUCUGGACUCAGUACAAUGGACAAUGGGGUCAAUUCUCCAGGCCUUCAAAGCAAAUUGCUUAGUGGGAAUGGGGUUCCAACACCUUCUCCUACUGUUCUCAUGUCAGGGGUGAAUGGAGCAGCACAGAAUGGCGUUGAUCAAUCAAGUCAUAGGCAAAAGUCUUCAAAUGUCAAUGGCAUUCAAAGCUUUCCUUUGGGUAAUCAACAACCCACAGGGCAUGGUUCACAUGACUAUAAACCCCACCCAGAUGUGGGAGACACGAGGCACAACACUUUAGUUUCUAGAGGAAAUCCCUCUGUACAAUCUGAAAACCCAACAUAUCCCUUGGGCUAUGGAGAGAACUCCAUCCACAGAGGUAAUCUCCAGAAUACCAAUAUCAACCAUCCCUCAACAGUUUCUGAACCUAUCCCUUAUGGACAACAAGAACAUCCCCAUUACUCUGGGAGGAACUCAUUAGGCCAGAGAGAAAGAGGGCCUUUUCCUAGCUCUGAUCCACUAGGGCAAUGGAACAAAGACCCAGUUUACAGAGAUAGUAGUCUAAAUAGUUCCCCACCUGAAGGCCACUCCCUAGAUCCACAGUAUAAUCCACUAGGACGAGCUGAGAAUGCCUAUAAUGCAAGAGAAGACUUUGAUAGGUUUCAGCCUUCUAGAAUGCACCAAUCAAACACACUUUCCCAUCAGGGAGUAUUUUCAGCUACAAGGAGAACUCCAUCUGAAACAGAAACCCAUCAGUAUGAUUGGAAGGAGCAGUCCUUUAAUCAUCCUGAUCGUGAAAGAGAGCAAUUUCCGUCUUCACAAAACCAUAUGUGGAAUAACCAGGAGGAUUCACGGGGAUUCCGAGAAGCUCCUCCAAGAUAUAACACAAUGUAUUCAUCAGGUUCUUUACAUCAGAGGGGACAUGCUGCCUAUGCUGAAAAGAAUUCUUAUGGCCAACGUACCCAGCCCCUUUCCCCCAGCGCAUGGGAGGAUGGGGAAAGCUCUCCAACAAUGGGCUCAGAGGUCCAAAGGGAAAGUCCAUCAUAUUCUCCUGCUUUGCCUUCAAAUCAAAUGCAAAGGAAUACCUACCAAAGAAGUAUGCAGCAGGAACAUGAACCAUAUCCCAGGCAAAAUCUAUGGACCCAUGAAAACCGUUUCCUUGAUCGUGACAGACAUUAUAGAAAUCCUCCAUAUAAUCCGAGUCAGCGCCAUGCCUAUCCAAAAUAUUCUACAGAGAAUCCAGCCAAUGACAGAGGUAAUAAUUUGCCAUAUGAGGAAAUUAAUCAGUGGACGCCAGAAGAGCGGUCUCCAGUUCAUGGUACAGAACCCUUGAGGCAUGCAGAAAACAUCCCACAUCCUAUGAGCAAUAUGUUUGGACACCGAGAGAGGAAUUUGCAGAACCAAAGGUCAAGCCCUCCACUACAGAGUUCCACUUUCCUCGAAGGAAGACCACAAUACACUGAAAGGAACACAUGGGUCUCCCCAAGGGUGGCCCCAUCUACUCAGAAAGACACUUCACCCUACUAUAAUGGCUACUCCACAGACUUCAGAAGAAACCCAACAUAUACUGAAGACACAAGCAGAGCCAUACAUGCACGUGAACCAAUUUCCAGUGUUAACAUUGUCGGAAGAAGACGUUAUCCUGAGACACUGGAGUAUCCAGAUGACUACCCAAGAGAACACAGAACAAUCAUCUCACCUUCUUCUGAAAACCAUUUGUGCUGUGCAGGUGACUCCCCAAGGCCAAGAGAAAACAUACUGGCACCACUGAGAAGUGCUCCUCCUCACUUCAGGCUUGCUUCAUGGGAACACAAAGGAAGCUCAACCUAUCCAGAGGACACCCACGCAAAGAAUCCCAGGCAAGUCCCCUAUGCAGCUAGCAUUCAAUCUAAUAAUUCUCUGAAGACUGGGAAAAUGCUACCUAAUCAAAGAGAACCUCUCGGUGCAUUCAGAGAGGAAGCAGCAGUUCUAGAGAAGAGUCCACCAUGCUCCAAUCCACAAUUAAGGCAAGGGAAUGAUCAUGAAGCCGACUAUGAAUCAGGGUUACUCCCACAAAGGAAUGUGCCUUGUUACGGAAGCAGCAUCAGAGGAGAUGGACACAAUGUCCUUGGACGGAUCGUGGGAACAAAUCAGGCCAAAAGAGAGUUUGAAAGGGCACCUUUAAUGCUCGUUUCUGAAACAUUCCCACAACCACAAGGAGUCAGAAGUGAGGCUCUUGUGAGUGAAGUUGAUAGGAAAGAACAGCAGGCAACACUUGGUUUCAAGAGAACUCCGUGCUUUAGAAGCUGGUUAAAGCAGUAUUUAUCUAGCACAGGAGCUCCAUCUGGUGAUCAACAGCGUGACCUCUUUUAUGGAGAGGAUCCAAUGCCCACUGGAAAGCCAAACAUCCUCCCACCUGAACCACAGCCCAUCUCUAGCACUAAUCCAUCCUAUGAUGUAGAAGAAAAUAUGUUGGAACUCAGUUCUCCAGGAGAAGAAAUGGCAGAACAGCCCAAUCAAAGGACACCUGACUGUUUACUGCUCCAAAACAAAUGA